CAUUUCUAUUUAUGCGAAUCGAGGUGAACGAUGUUCAGCACCCGGGACUUGAACGGCUUUGUCAGUAACGCCGCCGAAGCUUUAGAGCUUAAGUUUGGUAAGGGGAGUCAUAUUAUUCUUCUGCAUUUGCGUUCAAAGUUACACUUUGCAUCCUUGGUGCCUUUUCCGACAACUGGGGUUGGCGCCAUUAUGAAUUCUAAUUGGAGCGCACUCUUGCCUUCUCUCAAAUAACACUACAGUUCACAAUGCUAGUGAAAUAGAAGGAGAAAGCACUAUUGUGAAACCUGAAUUCACACACCAAGUUUUUGGAGAAAAGGAAUCAAUUUUCGGCUAUCAGAAUUUGAGUAUUACGAUGUACUACACUCCAGAUACCCUGGACAUGUGUGUUGACUUCGGCUAUGAUGAUGCCGUCUCCAUGGGAGACACAUGGAGUGAAGCCAGACAACAUCUUCAGCUCACUCGACAAGUGGCUACCCAAAGGUUACUACCGAAGUCUGGACAGCUUUAGUAUUGCACUCGCCAGUCAGUCCGCCUUCACCCCUCCUGGCCAGCAGCUGCAUUCUUACAGCAGGCAAGACGACGCCUCAUACCUUAUCUUCAAGGCUGGUCUGAGUGAUCGUGGAAUGAAGAGUUACUUGUCUCGACUACAACCUCUUCUCCUAUGGUUCAUUGAGGCAGCCUCUUACAUUGAUGAAGAGGAUGACAAGUGGAUGUUCUAUCUGGUCUACAGGCACGUGAGGGAGGCAGGACUGCCUCGGUACUCUCUGGUAGCCUUUGCCUCAGUCUAUCUCUUCUACUGCUACCCUGAUCGCCAGAGACCAAGAGUUAGUCAGCUCCUGGUACUGCCUCAUUACCAGAGGCGGGGCCACGGAGCUGAACUACUGCAGGAGAUCUGCAGUGAUUUGUGUUCAGAUCCCUCCACCCAUGACAUCACAGUGGAGGACCCAUCAGAGACGUUUGUUCGACUGCGAGACUUUGUUGACUGUCGCAAUGCUCUGAGACUGCCGACAUUCCAACCUCCCACCAUCCACGGUCCUUUCCAGGGAGUCAUUUCAGCCGCUGCCACCGACACUCUUAAACUGCAUAAGACGCAGGCCAGGAGAGUGUACGAGAUCCUGAGACUGAGAGCCACUGACAGGAGUGACCCAGCUCAGUACAGAGACUAUCGACUGGCAGUGAAGAACAGGCUGAAUGCUCCUCAUCAGAGAGAGCUACAAGAGCAUGGCAGACUCAGUCGACUACUGGACCCUGCCGAGCUGGCCCUCACUCACCCCCUCCCCUCCUCGUCCUCCCAGGAGGAACAUCUCACCAAACUCCACGGUGCCUACUACCAGCUGGAGACUGAAUACAGAGCAGUCAUUGAGAGACUGGCUGCCUCAUAGUUCCAUUGACAGUGCAUUUUAUUUUGAAUUUGGAUGUUCAUACAUGACUAAUGGUGAAGUGUUAUAAAAGAUGCAGUCAUUUCUUGCCACUUUUCUUUAUCCCGCUCGCACCCAUUGGGCCCUUUUGAGCUGCUCUAGCCUGAGCUUCUUUCAGUUUCUUUUGGUCCUCCUUUUGUUUCUGACGAGCUUCGACCUCAUCAUCAUCGAGUUCUUUUCUGUCCUUCUUUGGUGCCUUCAGAGGCUUUUUCUUGCCACCUUGUCGUCCCGACAUUCUUAUUAUGCCCUCAAAUUCUUAUU